CCCAUCCAAAUAUAAAGAGGCACCAGAACGACUGUGCCCUUGUUUUGCCUAUAAGCAUCGUACCACAAAAGUUAUCAAGGAGCCAGAGAGAAAAUCAAACAGAAAUUGGUUGUUGGAACAUUUAUCUCUGUGCAAGCCAAAAAAGUUCUCCAUUCCCAGAAAAAAAAAAAUGAAGUAUCUUCUUCUUUUCACUGCUACAGUGAUCGCUACAGCAAAUGCCCUUAACUGCCAAUGUUCUACGUGUACCGGAGGAACUUGUACAGUCGAAACGGGGCAAUGUUAUUCAAUCGAGAGGGAAAUCGCUACCGAAAAGGACAAGCCAGUUAAAGUAACAAUUAGAGGCUGCCAGGACGACAAAGUGGAUCCAGAUAUCUGCAAACAGGGAUUUAUCCUCAUGUCCUCUGAGAAGGAUUUUUAUCUGAUGAGCAAUAUUACAUGCUGUGAUAAAGAUUUGUGCAAUAAAGAUCUCAAUGCAACACUUGACAGGAUUUUUCCCACGAGUGAUCUGGUUUGCCCAUCAUGCUUUGCUCUCGAUAAGAAUUUAUGCGAUGGCAAAUCAAUGAACUGCAACGAUCUCCAGAAGAAAUGCUUCAACAUCAGCGGGACAGUCAACAAAAAAGGUUCUACUGUAGUUCAAGAUUUCAAUGCCAGGGGAUGCGCUGUUGAAAACACCAUCUUCAAAAAAGGUAUCGUCCUAGCCUCUGAAAACGCAACGUAUGAACUUGAAAAUGUCCAACUUGGGGAAGCCGAAUCCAAAAGUGGUGGCAGUCAGAUUUCCAGUUGCCUAUCUUUUGCUAUCUUUCUGCCGAGUGUCCUUUGGUUCCUACUGGACAUCUCCCUAUAUUAAACCCCAACCUACCAGUGUCCUCUCUACUCAAAUGGGGAAAAUCUCCAAUGGAAUUCUACCAAAGAAGGCAUAAAUCCAAGAAG